AAUAUCUUCUCUCCCUCUCAAAAUUACGCUCGACGAGGUGGACGCCGGCGGUGAAAAUGAAUGAUAUUCUUGUAUAAUUAGGAGACAAUAUAAAAGAACCAAAGGGAAGCGAAAACGAAAGGGAAGGAGCGGGGAAAGGAGACCUGCUAAUUAUACUUUUGCGUAAGAAAAUUCAGGGAAGAGGAAAGACAGAAGGGAAAGAGAGGGAGUUCUGCAACUGGUACACAAGCAAGAUGGUGGCGAUGACGCAUUCUCUCAGCGGGAGCGUACCGCCUUUCGUCGACGCGAGUACCAUCAAGAGAAACCCCAACCACCCGAAGAGGAAGGAGUUCUUGUGCUAUCAGAGAGGUGGACGAGGAGGAGGAGGAAGGAGAAAAAUCGAAGGAGAACACGGAGUUAUUCUGCGCAAAGGCAUCCAUUACCACCGUCUUCUUCACCACCACCACCACCCUUUUCUCAUUAGAAUCGAUUCCAGGGCGAACGCCUUUGACCCCGAUGCUGGGUCCAGCGGCGAGAACGGGGUCGGGGGAGACCAAGACGACAUCGACUGGGAGAAGGAGAUGAGAGAGAGGCUGAAGGAGAUCGAGGAGAUGAAGGAAUUGGAACGCCGGGCAGAGGAAUUGCAGGCUGGGGAGGCCGAGGCGGUGGCAGCAGUGGCGGAGGAGGAGACUGAGGAGGAGAAGAGGCAGAGAGUUCGGAAGGAGCUGGAGAAGCUGGCGAAGGAGCAGGCAGAGCGGAGGGAGACGGCGAAGCUGAUGUUCGAGGUAGGACAGAAGGCGUAUGGGAAGGGCAAUUACGGCAGAGCGAUCGAGUUUCUCGAAGCAGCACUUACCAUUAUCCCCCGUCAGACGCUUUUUGGCGGAGAGAUUCAAAUAUGGCUUGCAAUGGCAUAUGAGGCUAAAAAUCGCCACAAAGAUUGCAUAGCACUCUAUCGGGAGUUGGAAAGUAAGCAUCCCAGCCUGAGCAUUCGAAGGCAAGCUGCUGGUUUGCGCUACAUUUUACAGGCACCGAAGCUGAAGAUAUCUGAGGAAGAGAUGGUCACCAUUCCUCUAAUUGGUUCCAGUUAUGAUAGCUAUGCAGGUACAUGGAGUGACAAAUACAAGGACAAAAGCGAAAGGAAGGAAAUUACAACCAACCAGCUUCCCUCAACCAGAGACUAUUUAGCUGAUUUCUUUGUAUGGCGUCCACCAAUUGGAUGGGAGAAGAGCAGGGCAUUUUGGGCAUAUGUGACAGUCUGCUUGGGUUUGGUUGGAUUCUGCCUCCUGAUUCAGAGAUGAAAUCUUCUAGGCCUGUUCAUGCGAUUGCAUGAGGAUCUGUAUAUUAAUCCCAUGGAGGAUUGUGAAGCAUCCGGAGCAUGGCUAAGCAAAGAGUCGAAGAAAGCAUGGGUUUGGGGGUGGCUGCUUCACAAUGUAUGUUGUGCCAAUUCAUUGUUAUAUCCAAGUCAUGCACAUAAUACAGCAUGUAUGUGCAACUGCAUUGCAGUUCUGGAACAUGUUUGAAGCUUUGAAAAAGUGUUGUUCCUCUUGUAUACCAGAAAGUAUCCAGAUUGCUUUCCUGUUCUUUUAGUGGAUAUGGAAUGAAACAGCAUGCAGUUUGUCGUUGUGCUACCUUAA